UAGAGGCGAGCAGCUCACUACUGGUGUCACCCUAGUACUGCGGAUCCCGAAACUGCCGAACCUGAAGCAGCGCCCCCUCUGCAGCCGGCAAAAGCCAAUUUCUUUCUACUUCUUGCUUCUUCGUGAUUUGCGAACCCUUUCUAGUGGCUUUAUCUGUUAAAUCACACCCGUGUCCCCACUCCCUCUCCCUUGCGGUGUCUCUCUUUCCUGUCCAGUUUCACAGCUGUUUGGGGCAGGGAGCUCCCCUUCUUCUCACCUGCGUUCUCAGCUCUGCUUGCACAAGUGGUGACCUGGUGUGCUGGAGACACAGCCAGCCCCAGCCUCAGGGGACCCCUCUGAAGAGAAACCAUUUCAAGCACAAUUCUAACUCAGCAUGUGUCAGAGAGAAUUCCUCUUAGUCCUUUUGGUGCGUAUAUUUGUUCACACCUCAGAAACUUGUACCUCACGUCUUAACAUUACUACAGUGGAAGGAGAACCUUUCUAUCUGAAGUUUUGCUUAUCUUCAUCUGAGCAUGAGAGUGAAUCAAAUACUAUAAGAUGGUAUAAAAGCAAUGGAUCACAAGGACAGGUUGAGUUAAACUCAAGGAGUUUACCCAGAAUUUCUUUGCACAACUUUUCUUUGGAAUUUUGGCCAGUUGAGUUGGAUGACAAGGGAUCUUAUUUUUUCCAGAUGGGAAAUAUUACUAAAGUUUGGAACUUAAAUGUUGUCAGAAGAAAUAAACACAGCUGUUUUGCUAAAAACCAAGUAAUUAGUAAAACUGUAGAAGUUGAAAAAACUUUGAAAAUAUUAUGUGCAAGCAGUUAUUUUCAAGGACUGAUCCACAGAAUAAGGCUGUAUAAGGACUGUGAAAAGAUAGCUGAAACACAGGACUAUAAAAAGAUAGCCGAGAGUGAUACAAAUCCAUUGAUACAGAAGAAUGCUGAGUUUAAAGAUCAGGGGUAUUACUCCUGUGUGUUUUCUAUUCAUCAUAAUGGAAAGGUGUUUAAUAUCACCAAGACCUUCAAUGUAACAAUUCUUGGAGAUCGUAAUAAUAUAAUUCCAGCUCUUCUUGGACCAAAGCUUAACUACGUUGAAGUGGAAUUAGGAAAAGAUGUACAGCUCAACUGCUCUGCCCUGCUAAAUGAAGAUGGCUAUAUUUACUGGAACUUUCAGAGAGAGAAUGGGCCAGACCCCAAUGUACAAGAAGAGAAUGGAAUGAGGAUUAGGACUCCAGAAGGCAAAUGGUUUGCUUCAAAAAUAUUGAGAAUUAAGAAUGUCAAUGAAAACAAUCUAAAUUUCUCAUACAAUUGCACGGCGACCAAUGAAGCAGACACAGACACCCAGAGAUACAUUUUGUUGGAAAAAACACACGGAACUGAUCUCCCAGGCCAUGUCUUCACUGGGGGGAUGAUCAUAGCUGUUUUACUCUCUGUGGUAGUCAUGUGCCUUGUGAUCUUGGGAAUCAUUUAUAGAGUGGACUUAGUUUUGUUUUAUAGACGUUUCAUGGGAAGAGAUGAAACGUUAACAGAUGGGAAAACGUAUGAUGCUUUUGUAUCUUACCUAAAAGAAAGUCGACCCGAGGAUGGAGAAGAACAUAUGUUUGCUGUGGAGGUUUUGCCCAGGGUGUUGGAGAAACAUUUUGGGUAUAAGUUAUGCAUAUUCGAAAGGGAUGUCAUGCCUGGAGGAGCUGUUGUUGAUGAAAUCCACUCGUUGAUUCAAAAAAGCCGAAGAAUAAUCAUCGUCUUAAGUAAAAGGUAUAUGUCUGAUGCAGUCAGAUAUGAACUUGAAAGUGGACUCCAUGAAGCUUUGGUGGAAAGGAAAAUUAAGAUAAUUCUCAUUGAAUUUACACCAAUUAGUGACUUCACAUUCUUGCCUCAAUCACUGAAGCUUUUGAAAUCUCACAGAGUUCUGAAGUGGAAGGCUGAGAAAUCCCUUUCUUAUAACUCAAGGUUCUGGAAAAAUCUUCUUUAUUUAAUGCCUGCAAAAGCAUUCAAGCCAGCUGAAGGUGAAUCGGAAAUCUUGCCUAUUUUUUCAACCACAGAAAAGCUACAUGGGGAAUUGAGUGUGUCAGCCUAUUUAUAACAAAGACCAUUGUCCAAAAUAUUUAACUUUGUGGAAAUAUAAACAUUUUGAAGAGGACACUUGUUGUUAAGUUGUCAGAGAUUGGACUGUAAGUGGUAAUCUUUGGUCACGGUCUUCCCCGAGGACUCUAAAAUUCAAGCGAAAGAUUGUUCUUUCUUUCACUUCCACGUUAGGGUGCUGUUGUUCAUAGUUGAUCCUGUAUAUAAUACAAACGUGAAGCUGUGAGUGAUGCAAAAUAAUGUAUACCUUAUGAAGAGCUCACCUCUUCAAGAGUUUUCAACGCUAAAGAUAGUUUGGAAGUAAAGGAUGUUACAUGCAUGGAGAAGCAUUUCCUUGAACCUGAAGAGGGUACAGUAACUGCAAUGCUGCCUUUAUUCCAUAGCAAGAACCCAAACGUCUUGAAGUCUGCAGGGUAUGGGGUGGACAGAGCUACACCUGCAGGGCUCUAUGCCAAUUAAAAGUGUUGGGCAGGAGGGCAAAGCAGGCAGGGCCUGGGCCUUGGGUCCAUUCAUGCUUCCCACAGUCACUGGGCACUGUAGUUCCUGGAAUUGUGGUAAAGUUCUGCAUCAGGCUGGCUUGUUUAUUAUUUAGACUCACUUACCAGGAUUGUGAAUCCUUUUCUGUCAGGGGCUGUUUGUAUAUUUAUAACAUCCAUAGGCCAUAAAAUGGUCAAGUUAAAAUCAGCCUAUUACAGAUUAAUUGAAUUAAGAGUCUACCUACAGUUGCCUUCACAGGGCCAGAGCAAAUGGCUUAGUAGCCUUUUUAUGGCCCACAUGCCCAAAGUUCCCAAUCCUAAUUUAACUACCGCUUCAUGCUUCAUAAGAGAUAUAUAUUUUAGCUUUUUACCAUUAAUCAUCUAAGAAAUAUUUGUUUACUAGAUCUAAAUGUUUAUAUUCAGGAUGGGCAUUAGAUCUUAUUUUCUGUGGUGGCUGAGAAGGUGGAUGGAACAGCCCAUCCAGAACUCUAAUCCAGAGUUUGCUCAUUUUUGGGGGGAUCUAUGGAUCUGUAUCUAGCUUCUUUGUGCCUCGGUGUGUAUCUCGGCUGUAAGAUGAUACAAUUACCUCUCAAGGGUGCUAGAUGAAUACACACAACCAAGGUGCUUACAGUACAGUUCUUCCUAGAGACUUAACAAUCCAGAAGGAGUGUAGUACUAGUACUGUUAUUAUUAUUGCUGUUAAAUGUCACAUAGAUCAGUUGUUCAGCACUGAACUAAUGGAAGCAGAAAGGAAGGAGUCUGCCUGGUGUCGAAAACAGCCGUAAGGACAUUCGCCUGUGUAGAGGAACAUUCAGGAGAAGCUGUGGAUCUACCAGGAUAUUAAUCCACUGGAUAUCUGUAACAUCCAACAGGAGAAGAUAGAUGAGAGUCUCUCAGAAUGUUUGCAGCAAGUGGAAUCAAACAAUAUGGAUAUUUUGGUAUAAGAUAGUUUUGCAUUCCCAUGCACCUAGGGGUCUUCCAAAAGUUCACAGGAAAUAUGUAUUAUUCAAAACUGUACAUGGAUUGCACAUUUUCUCACCCAAAUAAAUGUGUCUUUUAAUUCUGUGUUUCUGCAAACUUUUACAUUUCUGGGCAUGUCCUUUCUCUAAAGGGCCACAGCAUUUUAAGCCUCUCUAAUGGUCUCAGAAGCAAAGGUUGUCC